ACUAUUAUAUUUUCUUUACAGUCUAAACAGAGUUGUGUCAUCCUCUAGAAAGAUAACUAAUGGCAACAAAAAAGAUAUUAUAUGUUUUAUUACUUUCGUUGAUGAUGUUUGGCCUCAUCCAUUUGCCCAUGAUUUCAGGACAAUCAUAUUAUUAUCAAUGCAAGCAUGACGGAUGUACCAGCACACCAAAAUGCUAUAAUCAGUGCUUGUCUAUGGGAUACCCGUUAGGAGGAGAGUGUCGAAUAUAUAGUUAUGGCGGUGAUUGUUGUUGUAGACGAACUUCUAAACCUCCUUAAUUACUAAUCUAUUCUUCGUUGUAUAUGUACUUACAAUUAUAUUAUGAAUAAAAUAUAUUUUUAAA